AUGGAGAAAAUUUCAAGAACCAACUCGAGCAUAAGUGAUAUGAGGAGUUACAGCACUCGUAAUUACGAAAACCCUCCUCCAUAUCUGGAUUACAACAAUAGGUUUAAGGAUGUAAGAAGCAGGAAAGAAAACAACGGUGGCGUGGUCUCGUCUUCUUCUUCAUCGAACAGAUGGAAUUACAAUUCCGACCCUGAGUUCCAGAGGAAAAGGAGAGUUGUUGCCUAUAAGGCGUAUUCCGUCAACGGUUCAAUGAUGGGUUCUGUUAAAAGAAGCUUCAGGUGGAUCAAAGAUUCUUGCAGCCGAGUCGUUCAUCGUUUGUGGUGA